CACAUGGGCGAUUACCAUUCACGCGCGGCCAUUCACCAUGUCUCUCCGCCGCCGCCGCCGCCGCUCUGCACCACAGCAAUUGCGCGCUCUCGGUCCUCAAUCCUCGAUCCUCGAUCCUCGAUCCUCGAUUCACAGGUACUGACUUCUGACCUCAUCCUGCGUCGUGCUCCUGCACAGGACAGGAGUGCGCCAACGGGUGUGCGCCGCCAAAAACUGGGUCCAACUAGCUCAUCCGACCUGCACUGGAAACAACACCAAGCAUAAAGCCAGUCGAACCAGCUCUGCGCGCCCCUCCCCUAUCAAUCCAACAGGUUGUCACUAGUUUACGCCACUGUGCCUCACAGCUCCGACGCGACACUGGGCCUACGCAAAAGCAACACAUCCCGACGCGCAUAAGUAGCCCCGAUGCCAUUUGCCCCCCUCACGCUCUCGUUCUCGCCUCCUUCCACGCCGCCCUCGCUCCGGGCAUCCUCCGUCUACUCCCAGUCGUCCGGCGACUCGAUAUUCCCCCCAGAAGUGUGGGGAACGCGCGCAACAGCACCCCCAGCACCCCCAAUGAUACCCAUGUCCAGCAAGAUGGCCGAGCGCCUGCGCGCCGUCGCCGAGCACGAGAUGUCCCCCGCCCUCCCCGAGUCGCCCGAGGUCAUCAUGCUCGCCCAACGUCCUCUCCCACAUGUGCCCACGAGCGGGACGCGUCCCGGCCCGGCGCUGGGACUAGCGCUCGGCCAGCCCGCGCUUCCCCUCACCAUGCCGUCUGGCCUCCUCACCCCGCCACCGACGGAGCAUGCAGACUCGCCGAAAUCCUGGACCACGCACUCCACCCACGCAGACAGCCCUAUGUCAUGGACACAAGACUUCAGACCGAUUCAGGCCGGGCCGCUUCCCCCGCUUCCGUCCACCCUGCCCCAAACUCGCCCGCGCUCCCUCGGCCGUAAAUUGCCUCCGACUCUUACGGAGAGCCUUGAACUUCUUGUCCGCGUCCAGGAACACUGUCACAAGCUGGGUGCGAGCUCCAACCUCCGGGCCGUGCCAGAAGAGGUCUCCACCCCCUCGCCCCGCGACAAGCGUGGCAGUCUUCCACCAGCGCGUGUGGCGCGGCGUGCUACAGAACCCUCUUUUUCCUCAUGCGUUAACCUGCACGCCGUCCCCGAGCACAUGGAGGCCCGGCCACCACGCCGCCUUACAGCCCCGGCACCUCUGCAGCGUACACACUCGGCGUCCUCCGCCUCCAGCUCUUCCGGGGACUGGCCCGAAACACCAAGGACGAGCACGUACACCAGUAAUGCCACUGAAUCCGUGCAUUCCUCCACGUACCGUGAAGAUGUCCGCCCUCAGCGGCAGGCAAUGCGCUCCGUCGUCGCGCUGGACAAGUACCCCGUCUCAGCGGCGACGUUGGCGUAUGCAGCCGAGCUCGAAGUCUUCGACGAGACGGGAGUCCCGCUGCGCUUCGGCGACCUCCUCGCCGCGCCGCGCACGUUGGUCGUGUUCGUGCGCCACUGGCUCUCGCCCAGCUGCGCGACAUAUCUCCGCGAACUCAUAGCGGCACUCACGCCGCCGCUGCUGGCGCGCGCGUGCGCGCGCGUCGUCUUCAUCGGGCACGGCGCGGCCAACAUGAUCCGCGGCUUCCGCCAGCACCUCCAGUGUCCGUUCAUGGUGUACACGGACCCGACGCGGCGGCUGCACGACGUGCUCGGCCUCGUGCCCAAGGGCAGCAAGGGCUUCCAUCUCAGCAAGGCCAAGGAGCUGUUCUUGGGCGCUGCGCGCAUCGGCCUCCGCAGCGGGAAUAGAGCGCAGAUGGGCGGCCUGUUCAUUUUCGAGGGGCAUGACAUUGCGUUCGUGCACCGCAUGCGCGCGGACAGCGACCACGCCCCCGUCCCCAUCGUGCUCGAUGCCAUCGGCCGCCGCCCACCGCCGCCACCUCCGAACGCUCACGCCCCGCACCGCCCCAAGCGGAGCUCGGUGUAUGUCCAGCGUCCGGGAGGCACCCAUAAGCCGCGCGGCGCGCACUCGUGCACGUCUCUGGUAGACCCGCCUCCCCGUUUCGUCUUCCCCCUCCCUCCGUCGUCGCAGACGCGCAGGGACUCGCACAAGCGCAUGACUUCGGCGUCGCGCGACUGCGUCGCCGUCAUUCACCCCGACGACAUUGACCGGAUCAGCAGUGAAGUGCACGCCCUGCGGGUGUGAGAGUUGUACCUUGUAUUUGACUUCUUGGUAUAGUCUGGAUACGUACCGCCCUUGUAAUACUUGUUGUAACCGAUUAUGAAUGCUUGCGAGCACAA